UUUUAUUCUCGUUACCAAAAGAAAACGUUCAGAAAGGCGUUUCACAGAGAAGAGAACAAGAGAAACUCUUGUAUAAGAAAAAUUAUCGCAGAAGACUCGGAAAAUCGCAUGAUACCGUGGCAAAGCUGCACUUCCGGAUCUCUCUCUUGUGAUUGGUCGCAGGGCUCGUCGUCUCCAGGGGAGCAGAGAAGUUCCGAGUCUCGUCCACUGAAUCCUCUUUUGUCAUAUACCACUCCGUUUUUUUUGAAAAAAAGGGAACGGGCUUCGAUUUGUAGUUGAUAUCUAGUUCUAGAGCUCGGGCUUGCGAGGUUCCUUGCUCUGGAUGUUGGAAGAGAAUUUGUGGUAUAGAGACGUAACCAAAUGGCUGCCUUGGUCCCUGGUGCUCUCCUCAAGCUCCUUCAGCAUAUGAACACAGAUGUCAAAGUUGCUGGUGAGCAUCGUUCGGUACUCCUCCAAGUUGUCAGCAUUGUUCCUGCUCUUGCUGGUGGUGAGCUCUACCCCAAUCAGGGCUUCUACCUCAAGGUCUCUGAUUCAUCCCAUGCGACCUAUGUUUCCUUGCCUGAUGAGCAAGAUGACCUCAUCUUGAGUGAUAAGAUCCAACUGGGCCAAUUCAUCCAUGUUGAACGCCUUGAGGCAGCCUCCCCUGUACCUAUUCUGAGGGGUGUGAAGCCAGUCCCUGGUCGCCAUCCGUGUGUUGGCAGCCCUGAAGAUCUUGUGGCCGCUCGUUCCUUGGCAUUCCUCAAUGCCGAGAAACCGCAGGCAUCCAAUGGCUCUAAAGAUAAUAUUAGCACACCAUUAGAAAAACAGAGAAGCAAACUCAGGAAAUCGGUAGCAACUACUAAAGUUGAUGAGGUGGAAAAGAAGGCAUUGCUCGGUAGGUCAUACUCUUCGCUUUCAAAACCAUCAGUAAGCAGUGUAUUGGAGAAGAAGGAGGCUAUCCAUAUAAGAUCCAGAUCGCUGAGUUCAAAGUCAAUCCCUUCAUCUCCGACAAGCAUUUAUUCAUUACCCACAUCAUUUGAGAAGUUCUCCAAGGGAGUUAAGCAGCAGACAAAAGUUAAAGUGCCAGAGAGACCAGCGCCUACUCCUACAAAGUUGGGCUUAUUGGAGAGGGCAGCUUCUGCUUUGAAGGCAACCGCGGCUAAGAAGAAGCCAUCUGCGGGAAAUUUGAUUCCAGGGGUUGAAUCAGGGCCUAAGGUUUUGAGAAGGAGCUGGGAAGGGAAUGUGGAGCUGAAAGGGAGGGAUAAUUAUAAUCCAAGGGCAGCAAAGAGCGAGACUAAACCUGAAGCCCGAAGCACUUCUGUUCCUCGAAGAAAACCAACCACAAAUGAAAAGUUGCUACCUAAAGAGGACAACAAGGUGCAAACUCCUGCAAGGAAAAGCAAUGCAAGUGCCACUUUGGAAGAUCCUGAUAAAUUAAAUAAACAACCGGCUCCUGUGACAAGGAGGACAUCAGAGGCCACUCACAAUACAUCCUUUGGCAAUCUAGUCAAGGUUGUUUCCAGUAGCAGAAAAUGGACUGAUGGCAGUGUUUCCUGGGCAUCACUUCCAUCUUCUCUAGCAAAACUUGGAAAGGAAGUCUUGAAGUAUAGAGAUGCAGCACAACAAGCUGCCAUUGAGGCCAUGCAAGAAGCUGCUUCUGCCGAGACCUUGAUUCGGUGCCUUAGUAUGUAUGCGGAGUUGACAUCCUCUGCGGAGGAGAAUAACCCUCAGCCUGCGGUGGAGCAGUUCCUGAACCUCUACGCCACCCUCACCCACGCCGGUCUCAUCUCCGACGCCCUCUCCAAAGCCUCCCCCGCCACGGUAGCCUCACCGGACAUGUCCGCGGGAGGUGACCCGAUCCAGGAAGAAGCCCUCCGGGUCUCCUCCGAGACCCGCAAGCUCGCCGCUUCCUGGGUCCACGCCGCCCUCGCCACCGACCUCUCCCCCUUUACCCUCUACCGCCCUAAAUCCCCCUCGAUGAAGCCCGCGGCGGCGCUCGUCCUUGAGUCCCCGGCCAGAUCCACCGCGGCCUUGAAGCCUGCCGCCUCCCCGAUCAAGCCCCGUCCGUCAUCGGUGGCGACGGUCUCUUCCAAUUCUUCGGUCACGGCGGCGAUCCGGAGGCCGCGGGGGGCGGCGGUACCGCUGCCGCCGCCGCCGCAGCCGCCGCGGGAGUUGGCCCGGGGAGAAGGGCUGGAGGAGGGGGCGGAGCUGGCGCGGGAGCUGAGGGAAUCCUCGAGGACGUGGUUCUUAGGGUUCGUGGAGCGGUUCUUGGACGCCGACGUGGCGGCCUCCGGGCCGUGGGAUCGGGCUCUGGUGGCAGGGAUGCUGUCUCAGCUCAAGAAGGUGAACGAUUGGCUGGACGGCGUCGGGCAGAGGGGAGUGGAGGAGGGGGACGACGGAGGCGGCGACGAAGACGGCGUACCGCCGGAGACGAUCGAGCGGCUCAGGAAGAAGAUCUAUGAGUACCUCCUCACCCACGUGGAGUCGGCCGCCGUCGCUCUUGGCGGCGGAGGAGAACGGCCUGGGCGGAGAGGAUGAUGGAGGCUCAUCAGGGGGUUGAGCACGAAUCACGAGACGGAGGAUGAAGUGGAGAUCGGACUGUAGGAUUUGUUUGUGAUUUUUCAACCCGGGUUGAUUAACUCCAUUCAGACGGCUUGAAGAUAAUUAUUUUGGUAGGCGGAAACCAGCGGACAAGCAUUGAAAGUGUAUAUAGAUGAUGUAUUUUUUAGGAGAGUUAAUUGUGAUUUGUGUGCUGCAAGAUGUAUCUUAAUCUCUCUUCAUCGCAAACAUGGUUAAUCUUUGUCUUGCAAAAGUUGAAUUAUGUUUAACAUUUAUUUUUGUUUUGAAAGGUGGAAAAGUGUCUAAUAUCUAUUACUCGAUGCUAGAUUGAAGCAAUUUUGUCAA